CGAUACAAUGGUCGCUCUUUCUACAGAUGGAUAAAUGACAUUCUGCAUCGUAAAUCAACUGAUAUACAGCACGUUAAAGCUCAUACCGAAGACACAUCCCUUCUAUCCCUUCUGAGCUCCGAGGCAGAUCACUAUGCCACAUCAGCUCAGAAACUCGUACACCGGAUUCCAUCCUUUCCCAUUCCAACAUUUCACAUGGAUGAAUUUACACCAUAUUCCUCGUCGCACGGAUGGACAGAGUCAAAUCUACGUGUAUAUACUGAAACCGUGAUGUUAGAAAAGUCAUUGCAUGAAUUGCAAAACAACGUACGCAUGGCAAAAUGGCUUUAUGAACUGAGACCCCCCAGCGAAUUCCCAUACACACGCGCAUAUUCAGCAUAUUCAGCGGCAAUACAACUAUACGCUCGUUUGGGUCAGUUGGCUGUAGCGGAUACACUGUUUUCAAGGGGAAAAAUCGACGAGCCAUACUGCAGAUUUGGAUGUAGGGCACUCGAGGAUCCGCAUCACUUGUUUGUUGAAUGCAAGAGAUACACAGAAUGGAGGGUUGAGACGAGUAAAGAGAUUGAAAAUUGUACACGAAGAAAGUUAACAGAAAAGGGCUUCGAGGAGACAUCCCAAACAAGUCUCCUCAAAACAGCUAAGUCACUUUUUAUUAAUGAUAAGGAUAUAUGGCCUCUACAGUACUCCUUUUACUAUCUAGGUCACAUACCAAAGCUCGAUUCAUUACUGCCGUAUUCACCAACAAUGACACCUAUUGCAAGAGAACAAUUACUUCACCAUCUGGCAGCAGACUGGCACACGCACAUUAUACGGCUAGCGGGACGUAUUUUUGGGGAUUAUCAACGGGAAAUGGCCAAGAGACUUACCUCGAACCAUAAACCUCGAUGAACCAUCGACAACGCCCCAGUAGUAAACUUCCUUCUCACAAAACCAGCAAAGCCUGGCAUUUUACUUGAUAUCUUAUGAUACUUUUAUUACAUACAUAUUAUGGGCACUCCUACUUAAAGUCUGGUUCAUCGGGGUUACAUGUAGCCUUAGUCCUUUUAGGACACAGAUGAAUAUCAUCUUGUAAACUUGUAAACA